UUACACACUAGUUUUAACAUUCAAAUGAACAAUUACUCAUCGUUUGUAAUGGACCACUGCUGUCCUUUUUAUAUCAACGAGCUAGUUUUUUGUGAUGAAUGAAUGAAAUCUAAAAGUGAUGGUUCACUACUAUUUAAUGAAUAGAUGCGUUAUACCUGACCAACAAACAAGAACUAUUUAUGUUCUAGUGUUACAAAUAAUAGGAAACGACAAGGAUAAACUUUGUGUCACAAACGAAAUUUCAAAAGCUGUUUACUGUGUUGCUUUUAUAGAACUUUUCUUAAAGGCUAGAUAAAAUACCGAAAGAACUUGUUUGAAAGAUGGGGUUUUGUCCGAGGGGAGACACUGUUGUGAGUCCUGUCAUAAAAUAUAUACUACUUGUUGGAACGUUUCUACAUUGGGUAUGUGGUGGUGCCAUGGUUGGUGUAGGUAUAUGGGCCUUUGUGGAGAAGAACAAGUUCUUUUAUCAACCAAUUAAGGAUGUAUAUGACGUCAUAUUUGACCUGUCAAUUAUGCUUAUAGUGGCUGGAGGCAUAAUGUUCAUCAUCACCAUGUGUGGGUUUGUUGGGGCACUGCGAGAGAAUACAUGUCUGCUAAAAUUUUUUUACAUAUCAUUGAUGUUCAUAUUUCUACUGGAAGUUACUGCAAGUAUAUUAGCAUUUGUAUUCAAGGACAAGGUCGUUGACACGCUAAGCGGUGUACUCAAAGAAGUGUACAUAGAGGGUUACCAAAACGACGAGGAGGCUGUCAUGGACUUCUUUCAGGAAAAUUUUGAUUGCUGCGGUGUGAAGAGCUAUGAGGACUGGAAUAUAAAUGAGUAUUACAACUGUUCAGAGGUAAAUCCAAGUCAACUAAAGUGCGCUGUACCUUAUUCCUGCUGUAAAGAUCCGGAUGAACUAUCGGUAAACUACUUUUACCAACUUAUUAUCGCAAAUAUUUUGAUCAACAAAACUCUUCAGAUGUUUAAAUCAUAUUCACGAAUAAACACCCUCAGCAUAAAGUAUAUAGAUUUUUAA